AUUUACAUUUAUACAUUGCAUUGAAGGUAUUUGUCAGUUCUUUCUUUCUCUUGACUGUGAUCUAGUUUUUCUCUGAAUAUCAGUGAGACUGAAGUCAAUCCAGGAUGAGAGCUGCCAUCAUCAUCUUCACAAUCAUCACGCUCUGUCUGAUCUCAGGUCAGGUACUCUGUUUCAAAGUGACCGGCUGCACUGGAGGGAGUGUAAUGUUUAACUGCAAAUACAAGUCUAAAGAUGAGCAUAAAACAAACCACCAGAACCAGAGAAAGUCUAAAGAUGAGCAUAAAGGAAAGUAUUUCUGCAGAGACAGAGACUGUAGGACGGGCAUCAGUACUGAGACUCAGCGCAGCUGGUUUAAUGAUGGGAGAUUUUCUCUGUAUGACGAUGAAAACAGCAGAUUCUUCACAGUGUUUAUCAGGAACCUCAGCAGAGAGGAUGAUGGGGAUUAUAUAUGUGGAAACAAUCAGACAUGGAGUCAUGAUGUUACAUUAGUGGUGAACAGAACCUCUUCUUCUUGUGGGACGUCAGUUCUCCAGACUGCAUAUAAAGGACAAACAAUCACUUUCCACUGUGAAUAUGAUCAUACGUUUCAAACACAAACCAAACUCUUGUACAGCGUGAACAGAGAUCCUGUGCUUGUGCUGAACAGCUCACAGUCCUCACAAUCAUCUGAGGAGAAGUUCAUCCUGUCUGACAGUCACAAAGAUCAUUUUAAUGUGACCAUCAGAGACAUUUCUGCAGCAGAUGAUGGAGUUUAUCUGUGUGGAGUGGAGAUAUAUGGAUCUUCAAAAGAGAUGACUUACAUAGCCUUCAUUAAAGAGAUUCAUCUGAAGGUUUCUGUAAUGAAUAAAUCUUGUGUUGCAGGUCAGUUAACUUCUGUCCAGGUUCAGGCCUACAUCAGUAAAUCAGUCUUCAUCACGUGUAAAUUUCCAGAAGAAUUCAAAGGAAACAAGAAAUUCAUCCAAACACAUUCAUCGCAGAAGAUCUCUGUUGAUGGACAGAAUCAGUGGGUUCUUCAUGAUAAAGUGCACAUGUGUGAUGAUACCAGUGAAGGGGUUUUGAAGGUUUUUAUCAGUAAUUUAACAGCAGCUGAUGAAGGAGCGUACAGAUGUGGAGUGAAUAUCACUGAUGAUCAUCUGUUCACUGAGAUCACACUGAAGAUCAGUCAAGUUGAUGACUUUAAUGCAUCAAGUAAGUCAGCUCUUAUUGGUGAAAGUGUGAACCUCAGCUGUAAUUACCCUGAGAAACACCUGACCAUCAAACACAUCUGCAAAGAGAACAAGGAGAAGAUCUGUGAGAACAUCAGUUCAUCAGAGAUGAACCGCUUUGAGUUUUCUGAAAGUGCAGCAGGAGUUUAUACAGUGAGCAUCAGUAAUGUGAGCAUGAGAGAUGCAGGAGUUUACUGGUGUGGAGAAGAAACCAGAGACACACAUCUGACUUCUGUUACUCUCACCAAUAAACACCAGCUGACUUUAUCCAACAAAACUGAGCUGAUCUUAUCCAGUAAACCUCCGCUGACUUCAUCCAAGCCUCCAGUGGUCAAACGUGAAGGAGAUUCAGUCCAGAUCAAAUGCCCUUAUGAUGAAAACUAUUCAGCAGAAGUAAAGCAUCUGUGCAAAGGAAAGUGUUUGACUCCAGAUGAUCUGAAGAUCAAUCAAUCAGACGAAGAUCAUGAUAAAAACCCGAAGAUUUCAGUAAAGGAUGACACUGAACUCAAUCUCUUCACUGUGAACAUGACUGAGCUGAGAGCAGAGGAUGCUGGGAAAUACUGGUGUGCAGUGAAAGACACGUUUAACCUUUCCACUGAGCUCAUGAUCGUCAUGAAGAAAAUCAUCACUCAUGUUGUGUCUGUCGGAGGAUCAGUGUCCAUCAGAUGUAAAUACUUCAGGAAUCAAACACAGAGGUUUUUCUGCAAAGAAGAUCAGCCCAAUAUCUGCAUCAGAGACGGAGUUCGUGUUUCAUCAAAUAAGAGUGUAAAAAGCAGAUUUCAUCUAACUGAAGAAACCUCUGCUGGAGUCUUUACUGUGAACAUCAGCGAUCUGAGAGCAGAGGAUUCUGGGAAAUACUGGUGUGCAGAGGAGAGUUCUGGGUCCUUCAUCUUCACUGAAGUUCAGCUACAUGUGACCAGAGACAUGACCACAUCUGACACCAAAAGGGAAACGACCCAGAAAACAGUGAAUUCUGGUUUCUUCUGUCUGGAGCAUGAAGUCUCUCAGUGAUGCAAUACAGUGCCCUUCAGUCAGGACGAGAUUCACUCUGAUCACAUAAUGCCAAACUAACAUUACUGUAUAAUAUUGUUGCUUAUGUUGUUGUUGUUGUUUUCAUCUUCUCAGCGGUGCCAUUUCUUGCUAUUCUAUAAAUAUCUGGUGUCAGAAAUCAACAACUACUUUUUGGAUUUAAAAAAGAAAAAGAAA